AUGAUAUUUGAUUAUUUAUAUUGUAAACCAGUCAAGGAGGUUGUUCCAAAAGGAUCAGCACCAGUGGACGAUUUGAAUCACGAGCUUGUUAAAACUAUUGAUAAAAUUGAUGAUAAUGUUGAUAAUGCUGCUAUAGUAGAAAGUAAUGGAUCACAAUGGAAUGAUGUUGUUAAAUAUAGGUUGAGUGAUGAUGUAGAGAUUACAGGGUCGGAGCAGUUAACUGAAUCCAUUCGCGGUUGGAGAUUAAAUAUAGUUGAUGAAUUAGAUAAGUUAAGAUCCAAAUGGGAUACUGGUAAACAAGAAAUGUAUGAUAAAAAAACUGAUACUAAUGCAUUUUUAAACGAUAAUGUAUUUAACAAUAAGUUUGAAAAUGAAGAAUUAGUGGUUCCAAGUGUGUUUUUAUCGUUUGGUGCAUUUUGUUCAGGUAGAAUUCUAAGUAAUCCUAAGAACUGGGGUCACUCUAAGACUGGUUCAUUAACUGCUGUUAGAUCUGGAUUGUUAUAUAAAUCAUUAACAAACUUACCAUCUAGACUAUUGUUACCUUGGAUCUUUGCUGGUUAUACAUUUUCUCAAUUUUCACCAAAAACUUUUGAUAAUAUUUGUAAGGUUGUAGAGGAAGAUUUAUUACCACCUGCUUUUGCAAAAUCCUGUCGUGAUAACUGGAAUAGUAUAUAUGUAAAUGGUAUCAAAAAACAUUCACAAGGUUUAUCGAGCUCAAUAGAUGAAAAUCUUCAAAAUAGUAUAAGAAGUAUAAGGGAAUUUAUCUACAAGAGCCUCUAUUAA